AUGCAAUAUUUAAAUCUUUUUCAACAUGAAUACGUCUUAAAGAAUCAAGAAAAUCAAGAAAAUCAAAAAUCAAAUAUCAACACCAACACUACUAUUAACACUACUAUUAACACUAACACUACUACAGCUAUUAACAAAAAUAAUAAUCUUAAUAUCUCUAAAAACCCGAACAGUAUCAAUGACUUACCAAGUAAAAACCAAUUUUACCUGUCUUUCUCACCCUCCUUUUCCUCCUCCUCGUCUUCGUCCUCAUUCAAUAAAAACAAGUCUCUAAGUGAUAUAAGUAGCAACUCAAGCAGCCAAUUUUCAAACAACACCACCGAGUCCACUACAGUUCCGACUUCACCUUUAAAUUUUGACAACAAAUCUAAAAACCACCAAAAUCAAUCAUUAACACAAUUUCCAAACAAAAAAUCAAUCAAAAACCCUCUAUUAAACUACAGCACCAACCUAUACAGUCACCACGACGCCAACGACGCCAACGCCAUUAACUCAAAUAUUGCUGCUUUUCCCACUGACAACACUUCUCAAACAUCGCUAAAUGACUCUAUUCAUAAUACAAAUACAAACAACUUCAUCGCCUCCCAGAUCCAAUCAAAAUUUAUCUUGGCUGAAUCGAUCAUUACAACAACUGCCAUCUUACUAGAAACAAUCUACUUGAAAAUCUCACUAAACAACAUCAAAAACCACUCAAAUUUAAACAAAUCUGACAACUUGAUCGAUCUAAUUAAUUUUAUCAAAAUCAUUUUAAAAAGAUCAAAAUUCUCUCACAGCACUCUAACUGUUUGUCUUUACUACCUCGUCCGCUUAUCAAACGCCAUUGAUCUCAACUACAAUAACUUGAAUCUCUUUUUAAUCUCAAUUAAAUCAGACACUUCUCUACCAAAUGACUCAAAAGUCAACAAAAUAUUGUCCUAUUUAUCCGAAAACGUCUUAUUAUGCAAAAAAAAAACAUUUUUAGGUUGUUUAAUUCUAUCCUGCAAAUUCUUACAAGAUAAAAAUUACUCCCUAAAAUCUUGGUCUACAAUCUCAGGACUACCCAUCAACCAACUAAAUUCAAUUGGCAUCACUAUUUUCAAAAAUUUAAACCACAAUCUAUUUGUAAGACACAACAUGUUCACUAUCUGGUCAAAGAUUUUAUUACACUUUUACACGCUGCUAAUAAGUUCAAAUUUUAAUAGCGAAUUGGCAAAUUUAACCAUAGAAAGAAUUAAAGUGCUUAACACCUCUGCAACUAAUAGCGUCACCAAUUCUACCAUUAAUUCCACCAUCAAUGCUAAUUCCAAUACUAAUACUAAUACUAAUACUAAUACUAAUAACAGUACUACUAAUGGUAUUGAUACUAAAUUAUCAACAAUUAUAGCGACCAAAGCUGCAGCGAUCUCUUCGCGCUGGGCGCUUAUUGUUGAAAAUUUAAAUCCAGACGAUGAUUUUAAUUUAUUUUUAAAUUUUGAUUAUUUCGAGUUAUUAAUUAAUAACGGAUACAAAUAUAAAUUCAGGACAAAUGGAUACAGUGAAAACGAUGAGAUUGAAUACAAAAACAACUCAGAGUUGUUCAAAGAAGACGUUAGAAAACAUGGUAAACUAUUACCAUUAUCAAUCAAUAACCUAAGCACAUUGAACAAGAUUAAUUCAAUUCGAAAUGAUGAAAGAUUACAAAGGUUAAUUGAGAUGAAAUUAAAAAAUGGAAUGAAAAAAAGUCAAACGAAAAAUUUCAUUUUUAGUCAUCAUAAUCCUAAUAACAUUUCAAACAUUUCAAACAUUCCAAACGAUAAUGUGAAAUAUAAUAAUCUGAAAAAAAAUAAUAUUGGUAAUAAUAUUGACAAUAAUGAUAACACUGGAAAUGAAAAAAAUAUUAGUAAUUUAAUUGAUAAUUUAAAGGUUUUAUUUCCGAAAUUGAAUGUGGACUUAAGUCAAUAUGAAUCGAUCAAAGCAAAUAACAAAAUUAACACUAAAAUUAAUACUAAAAUUAACACCAAAAUCAAUCAUAAAGAACAGUUUAUUCAAUCAAAUAAGGAUGAUUAUUGCAAUCAAAUACCCAGUCCUAUAGUGAGUCAAGUGUUUAGUCAACUUGAUAAACACAUACCAAUACAGACCAACAGAGACAGCACAAAAUUGGAAAGUGAAAAAAAAAAUCAAAGUGAAAUUGAAAUUGAAAGUGAAAGUGAAAGUAAAAAACGGAAGUUUGGUGAGGAAACUAAUACUGGCAAUAAACUGCAAAUACAAAAGAUUAGAAAUACAAAUAGUAAAAAAACGACGGAAGCUUGCAUUAAUAAUUGUAUUAAUUCUGCUGCAGUUAGAAAUAAUAUUGGUAUUGAUAUUAAUGGAACUAGUAAUAAAAGAGUUAAAAUUUUUUAA